AUGUUAAAGUCGCCGCUCUUUCUUCUUCUGAUAAUAAUAAUAAUAAUAUUAUCAAUAAAAAUAAAUUCCUCCAAAUGUGAGAAAGAAAACUCGACCGACUCGGAACAAAUUUUAUCAGAGAGUCGACACGAGCAUCUGCCGGGCAGUAACGGCAAUAACAAUGCUGUCAAUGUCAAUAACAAUAAUGAUAAGAAGCCUAGCCUCAUGCAGCGGGUCGGGAGUAUGCUCAUGAUGAUCCCACUGAUGAUGCAGGUGCUAUCUCUCCCGGGAGCGAUUGCGUCAAUAAAGGCGUCCCUGCUGAAGAGCCUCUUUAUCGGGAAACUCGCGUUAAUUAUAAUGAUUUACAAUUUAAUCAUUAGUUUCCGUCCCAAGUCGGAAGUUGUUGUUGUUAAUCACCAGCCGAAGAUGCCCGAACACUAUGAUCAUUAUUACUCGCCGUACGACGGCGAUGAUUCGGGAUGGUUCGGCUGAUUUGGAAAAAUAAAAUUUAUACUUUUUUAUAACUUGGGUUUUUUUUUUUUUUAUUUUACUUACCGAAUUCUGAAUAUUAACGAGAAUUGAAUAACUUGAACGUGUUGAUGCCAACGUUGAGGACAACGCGUGGCCCACUUACGGUUAAAGCUAACGGCAUUUUGGUCCAGAUUGG